AUGGCAAGGGGGGAGACGAAAUUCGCAGAGAGCUCAGGCAAGAAGAUUGUCCAGGAUUGUCAAUUCGAAGAACAGAAGGCUAAUUUUCUUACCCUUAAAUUAGCUUCUCUUUCAUCCACUGAAGGAAUCCCCAUCGUUCGCCGAGGGGUUGGAGUAGAAGAGCGGAGACAGUCUUCUCUCGCGAAAAUGGCCGCCGAGACGGAGGAGGAUCUCAUCCUCAAGGGCUUCUUCGCUGAGGUCAGUGAGGUUGAGAGGGACAACGAGGUCAUCAGGAUACUUGCCUGCUUCAAGUUGAAUCCUUUUGAGCACCUGAACUUAUCUUUUGACUCAUCACCUGAAGAAGUUAAAAAACAAUAUAGGAAGUUGUCACUGAUGGUUCACCCGGAUAAAUGCAAGCAUCCUCAGGCUAAGGAGGCUUUUGGAGCAUUAGCAAAAGCUCAACAAUUAUUGCUUGAUCCUCAGGAAAGGGAGUAUCUCCUAAGUCAAAUUAAUGCUGCAAAAGAAGAGCUAAGGGCAAAGAGGAGAAAAGAGUUGAAGAAAGACAAUGCUUCUAAGAUAAAAUCACUGGUUGAUGAGGGAAAAUAUGAACAUCAAUAUGAACAAUCACCAGAAUUUCAGCAGCAGUUAAAAAUGAAAGUGAGGGAUAAUUUGACUGGGCAAGAGUGGCGACGGAGAAAAAUGCAGAUGCGGAUAUCAGAAGAGGAAGGAAGACUUAAGAAGGAUGAGGAAGAAACUAAGGAGAUGUGGAAAAGGAAGCGUGAGCAUGAGGAACAAUGGGAAGAAACAAGAGAGGGACGGGUUUCUAGCUGGAGAGAUUUUAUGAAGACUGGGAAGAAGGGCAAAAAGGGUGAAAUCCGACCCCCAAAACUCAAAACGGAGGAUCCAAACAAAUCAUAUGUGCAAAGGCCUGUAAAGCGGGAAUGAUACAGUUCCUGUGCGUACUCAGCUCCUAUAAAGUUUGAGAACCAAAUAUUAUGAGGGGGACAAACAUGACAGCCAAGUUUGUUAAGGUAUAUCACUAGGGGUCAAUUGAAGAUUUAAGUUUCAUUUUGAGCCUUUUCGCUUUGUGAAGGCUUUGUACAUUUAAACCUGAUUGUCUGUGAUAAUUAUUAUCUGGAAAAAGGCAACAAAAAUGUUCAUCUUGGAGGCAGGUUCUCUGCAUAGAAACAUACAUGAAAUGCCAAGGUUAGUCAAUGCCUUAUCAAUUCAGUUU